AUGCAGUUCUCCUACGCCACCCUUCUGGCCCUGGCUGCCACCGUCGUAACUGCUAAUCCCCUGACUCGUCGCUCUCAACCUGGCUGGGAGUUCCCCGAGUCUAUGCCGCUGGCUGCUCGUCAGACGACCCCGGAGCCUGGCACACCAUUGUACCUCUGCCACGAGAACUGCGGCACUUCCAUUACUCUCUCGCGUGAGGAGGGCUACUGCACCAACUGGCAAUACAUUGCUCGCCUCGAUGCCUGCUUGCUAUGUGCGAAUGAGCACAACAUUUGGCAAUACUAUGGCAACUCUGUGACCGCCGCGGCUACGACGUGCGGCUUCACGGCCACUCCCGCUAGGCUUUGA